GUAUCUGUGCCUGAAACACACUUGCUGUUUCUUCCAGCAAUCACAAUACUCAGCUAUUUUAUCUUUUUUCAGCAAAGAAUCGAAAUACAUAAGCUUCGUCAGGGUGACAAUUUGAUUCUGGGAUUCAGCAUUGGAGGGGGCAUUGAUCAGGAUCCUACUCAGAACCCUUUCUCUGAAGACAAGACUGACAAGGGUAUCUAUGUAACAAGGGUGACAGAAGGAGGUCCAGCAGAAGUUGCAGGACUUCAGAUUGGAGAUAAGAUCAUGCAGGUGAAUGGCUGGGAUAUGACAAUGGUGACCCAUGACCAAGCUAGGAAGAGGCUGACUAAAAGGAAUGAAGAAGUGGUACGGCUGCUGGUGACCAGGCAAUCCCUGCAGAAGGCUGUGCAACAAUCCAUGAUGUCCUAAUCAAUCAAGUUGGGGAAGGGUUGGGGAGGGAGAUAAAUAGACUGGUAUCAAGCAAGGAAACAAAUGCUAGACCUGGACAGGUUGUCUGGAAGGAGGACAUGUACCUAACUGUGGUAAACACUUUUUUUUUUUUUCUUUCUUUCCUUUCUCUGGUUUAACUGGCAGUAGUAAAACUCUACUCCCCCCAGCAAGAGUGCUUCUCUAAAGUCUUCCCUGCAGGUACACGGUUAAGACUUUAUUAUAUAGUCAUGGCUUUGAGGAGGACAGGACAAACCCCAUUUAUGUAAGGGAGCAACUGGAAAAGCCUUAACUUUGACAGGAUUCUUUUAUAGCACAAACCAGGAAAUGUGGUUUCUGCUAUGGAAGGUAAGAGGAUUUGCUGUGCUUAAGCUUUUAGAAGUGAACUGUCCUGUCCUGCUAUCAAAUUAGAAUGCCAGCAUUAAGAGUUGCACACUGCUGUGGGGAGCAACACUGUACUAAUCCCACACUGUGUGCUAGCUAGCUAGAGUAUGCCGAAGGGUUUGGGGCAUUACGGCUUACUGCAGAGAUUCCCUGUGCAAAGCAGCCUCUUCAGACAAGAAACAAUUAAGUAACACAGAAGUGUUAGAUUAAUGCCUGUGAAGCACACUAGAAGUUCACACACACUACAGUUCAACUGCACUGUCAGAGUAAAAACUUUCCUUGUUCCCAAGUAAUUUGUAACAUCAAGUGAAUCAAGUUUAAAUGAAAGGAAUAUGGAGCAGGAAAGAAAACACUAUUGCUGAAUUUAA